UUUUAAGUGCAAGUUGCAAUUGAAUCUUCAUUUUAUGUUAAUAAUAUUUGAAAUCAUGAAUAGGAAACACCAAUGAGUUUAUGGGCAGAGACCAUUUGUUUUUAGCUACAUUUUCUUGUCUGGUUUCUGAUUGAGAUUAUGCUUCAUUCACUUCAUAAUUUUCUGGCUACUAUAUAAGCUUGUUGCUUAGUUUUGAAUUCUACUUUUUGAGGCAAACCGCGGUUACCUUUUUCUAUAAAUUCAGUGUAUUUGCAUGUGUUAUGGUUCUUUAAGGAGAUUGGAUAAUGUUGCUUAAAUUGUUCCACAAAAAUAGUUUAUCUUUGGUUUAACAUAUGUAACAUUUGUUUUUUAUGUGGUGUGCAUUACGUUAAUUAAAUUUGAUGGGGUGGAAAAUUGCAGUCAAGAAAGUCAACUCCUAAAAGAAGCAAUAUUUUGAGCAAAGGAGACGGCAGCAGCAGAGUGCUGGUUUAGAGAGCUGCAUUGAUGGAAAACGCGCAUGCACUCUGCAUUAUGACUAUAGUAGAUCGCUUGACAUUCUUAGUCUUCAAAAUUUAGCAACUGUAGCUCAGGAACACAAUACGAGUACAACAACUGGUAAUUUUUCUGUAACUUUUGAGGUAUAGCGAACCAGAAUUUUCUUGGAUUAAAAUAGUAAACGCUCAUGCACUAUGUGUUGUUGCAAAUUUUCGAUUCUGAUAAAAAUAUCAACAUUUCAUAGAUCCAUGCUUUUGUUAUAAGUCUGGCGAGUCUUCUGAUAUGUUUAAUAUAUUCUUAAAAAUAGAGUUGUAAUCAAAGAAAGUAGAAAAGAGCAUAAGCUUAUCGAACCUCCCAGGGAUAUUGGGCCAAAAGUUAGACUUAGGAAAGUUUUAUCUUUCGAGUUUCAAUACCAGUUUACAUUUUACAUUUUCAAUUUCUUUCAGUUCAUUCAUAUCAGCUAAAUUUGGAGGCUAUCUUAGUCAAUGUAGAGUGCACAGGCAAUAGAUUAAGAGCUAAUUGUUUUGUUUCUUAUAGUUUAUAACAUACACAAAUUAUGUAGACUUGCUCUUCUUUUCUUUUUUUUUUGUGGCAACAUAGUCGUACAAGGUACUGCUGAGCUUGAAAAUUUAGUAUCCAAUAUAAUUUUGUCCACUCCAUAUGACAAUCAAUUUCCACUCCUUCCUAAAAGCAAGUGAUAACUUGGAGAAUACUGGUUUCUCUCUGAACGAUCAAGAUGCACUCCCUUCUCAAGUUAUUUUCACCAGGGAUGGUGGUUCUGUGGAUCAAGCUGAGAAUAAUGAAUGGGCUCCAUCAAAUGGCACACAGGCUGAAUAUCCAAAGAAGGACUCGGUUCAUUUACCGAAUGGUAAUGAAAAUUUAGCUGGAAACUUCAGUGACCUGGAUUCUUUCAAGUUGUCCAUGUCACACCAGAUACGUGUCAUCGAUUUACUUGGUGAUGACUCAACCAGUAAUGCUGAGGAAAAUUCAUUACGGCAGGAAGGCCAUGUCGCAUUCUCAGUCGAAGGUCUUGGACAAGUGGACACAGAAACUCCAGUUCACUCCCCAAAGAUACCUGGAAGAUCCUUUCUGGACUGUUACUCUCCACCAAAAAAGGCAGUGAGAUUACCUAUCACAUCCAAACACUUGGAUUAUGGAUUUCAUGACCUAGGGUCUAGAUUGGAUGUUUUGAUGCACGAUAUUGAUUUUUCGCCAUGUAGCAGUACAAUAGAUCAGUCUUUCGGCACCAGGGACAUGAUAAAUACAGCUGGCGAUCCAAAGCAGAACUUCUUAAAUUUCAGAGCACCCUCUUCAAACAAUUGGAACUGCUCCAAUAUACAUGGAAUUUUAGAAAAUGGCGAACUCGUCUAUAACAAACGAGACAGCAGCAGAAGAAUCUGGGAAGGCCCUAGCUUCUUGGAUGAUGGAUUUGAUGAUCUGGAAGAGCAAGAGUCAUUCUGCACAAACUUUGAUGGAAGAGAUGUUGGUUUUGAUGAUUAUUAUCAUCCCAAAAGCCCCUGGAAGCAGAACUUGGAUUUUAAAGGCUGGGAUGUAAAUAAGAAAAGGUCCAGCAUAAGAAGUCCUCAAACAUACAGUGUGAAAGCUUCUGUUAGUAACAACAUAACAUGUCCUCAAAGCCUCUGGAAGCAGGACAUAGAUUUUGAAGCCUGGGACAUAAAUAAGAACAGGUCCAGCAUAAAAAGGCCUGAAACAUACAAUACGAAAGAGUCACCUGGUCCCUAUCCGGAGCAUCUUACUAUGAAGGAUCUUCAUGGUAUCAGAAUCUCAGAUAAGAGGUGGCAUUCUGAUAUUGAAAUCGGUAAUGAUGUUAAAGAUAACAACUCUGUGACAGAAGACUCGAGAUCGAGGAGUUUGGCAAGCGAAGAAUCUUGCUCUUGCACUGCAGGAAGAGGUGCUUCGAUCAAUAAAUCAUUAUAACUGGAGCUUGACAAAAAAACCAAAGUUCAACUGUUCAAGCACAUUAAUUCGACUUCCAUACUAAACUGGAUGUCAGCCAUCUCCAAACCCGGUAUGCCACAGAAAGGGAAGCAUCCAUCCUUAUACAAUAUCUUUGUAUAUCUUUACCAAUACCAAUUAUCUUGCAAGACUUCCUAAAAUGCACCUUUCUGAAAUACUCCACUAGUUAUUUAGUUGGUGCUGAAGCCAUUAUCUCAACAUAAGAAAAUCAUAUGGAUAAGAUUUAGCAAAA